AUGGCUGAACAAACCCACUCUCGCCAGCGGCCAUCGCUAGGCCAAAUGCGCAGCAGCUCAUUCCUCCAAGACCACCAACAAUACAAGCCCCCGCUCUCCGUCAGCCAGAACAUCGGCGAGGUCCUUAGCUCCCAACUGAGCGAGAGCCUGUCCAUCAACCCCAUCCACCCAGACCCCGAGCGAGUCCAUGACAGCGGUGUCACGCACAGCCUCUUCAAUCACCAGGCUAACCCCCUUGAGACCGGCACCCCCCGCAUCGUCGCAACCAUCUUCUACAAAUCUUCCAACCCCGUCCACCCCCACUUCCACCCCGAUGCGUCGCACAACUCUGGCGCAGGCACCAAGCUGCCUUCGCCCGAGGUUCCCGCCGGCUCUGCUCCCACAGACGACAUGGACAAGUUCCCCCGCGAGCCGCCUGCUCCGGAACCGGAACCGCUCGACCACAUCUACGGACCCUAUGUGUCGCAGCUGUGCUUGACCAACUUCCUGCAAGUGCUCGAGUCACUCCCAACACCCUACAAGCGCAUGAACACCUCGCACCGCUGCCUCGACCGUGAAGCCCACCCGCACGUUGUGGAAGUCACAUUCUCUCCCCCUCCGGACCCGGAGUACCUCUCCUUCGAGGAUCUGCGCAAGCACGAGAGUAUCUGGCGCUUCGAGCGCGAGUGGAAUGUCGAGGUUGUGCUGCAGGAGGAGAGCGUCUUCCGCCGACACAAGCGGUUGGCUGUGUUCGACAUGGACAGCACCCUCAUUGAGAACGAGGUGAUCGACGAGAUUGCCAAGUUUAUCGGUGUGGAGAAGGAGGUUUCGGAAAUCACGGAGCGUGCGAUGAACGGCGAACUGGACUUCGCGGCAUCGCUGAAGGAGCGCGUCAGCCUCCUCAAGGGAGUCCCUGCUGAUGUCUUUGACAAGCUCAAGUCUGUUAUUACCAUCGCGAAGGGUGCCCGUGAGCUCUGCGCUGCCUUGAAGAUGAUGGGAUACAAGAUGGCUGUUCUGAGCGGUGGCUUCCAGCCCCUUGCAGAGUGGUUAGCUGGACAGCUUGGACUGGACUAUGCGGUCGCCAACCAUCUUGAAAUCGACACCGAAACCCAGACCCUGACCGGCAGACUGGUGGAGUCGAAGCCCAUCAUUGAUGCUGCUCAGAAGCGCACGCUUCUCAAAUCCAUUGCUGCGGAGAACAACAUCCCCAUUUCCCAGACGCUGGCUGUCGGUGAUGGUGCGAAUGAUCUUCUCAUGCUUCACGAGGCUGGUCUUGGUGUCGCCUGGCGCGCCAAGUCCAAGGUCCAGCUCGAGGCGCCAACCCGUAUUAACGGAGAGAGCCUCACCGACAUUCUCCACCUCUUUGGUCUGGAAAAGGAGGAUAUUGUCGAGCUCACUACCAAGGCCCAAUAG